UUACCGGCAGUUUUAUAGCUGUUUUUAUUAUAUUUUUCCUUCAGUGGCCCUUGGCCACACUGCAAAUUGACUUUGUUUUUGUUUCGACAUGGCCAAGUUUCUGGGCAUAAACCGGCUGACCAAGCUGUUCCAGAUCGUCCGGGAAUCCGGGGGACUGAAGCAAGCCUACCUGAAGCUAUAUAGAAACGAUGACCUGAAGAUCGGAACUUUGGUGGGAAUCGACAAGUAUGGCAACAAGUAUUUCGAGAAUGCAUACUACUUUUACGGCCGCAAUCGCUGGAUCGAGUUUGCCCCCCAUGUCAACAUGGACUACGAUGGAUCCAUGAUUCCCGCUGAGUGGUACGGCUGGAUGCACUAUAAGACCGAUCUGCCUCCCAUCCGCGAUGGCUGCCGUCCCAAACACAAGUGGAUCGCGGACCACAGCGAGAAUCUUUCUGGCACUAAGGAGGCCUACUACCCAUACACCACAACACCCAACAAAGUAGAGGCUUGGGAUCCUAAGGCAAAAAAGCAAUAGAAUGUGGAUAGCUUAUAAUUAUUUUUUAAAUUCAAGUGCAGAUGGCUGCGAUUGAAGAGAGCACUCAAAUGUGUUAAUAAAUCCAAUUUCGUUAA